GGGACAGUGACAAAAUAAGGAGAAAAUCUUUAUCUAUUGGAAAGAGGGCACAACAAUAGUGGGAACGUGCGAUGGGUGCAGAGGACAUGAGCAGUGGCCGGCCAAUCUCAUCGGUCGGCGGCGGCAUCUCCCAUGGCGGGCGAUGGGAUAUUCCUCCCGAUCCUGCAGCAUCAUCCUCUCUUUUCUUUCUCCGACCACAGGAAGAAAAGCUCAAAGCUACUACAGGUACUGUACGCGUAGCCUAGGCAACUGUUCGCCACGUAGCACCACAUUGACCGUCUGGCCCGCAACUCCCCACCCUUUCCCGGCCGCUCGCCUUUUCUCCUCUUCUCCGAUCUCUCUCCCCCUCUUGACCGCCCUUGGGAUUUGGGGGGCCCUGGGCAAAUUGCGGUGGCCGGGGCCCGCCGCCGCGACAGCUCCGUCCGUCCUCGGUUCCGCUCUUCCGUCCGAUCCAUACGUUUCCGUUCCCUAUAAAUUCUUUAAAUUCCCGCAAGUCCCGUACCGCUCAGCCAACCCAACACGACGGCGAGUCGACGGCGAGUGGGAGGGAACACCGCAGCAGCGAUGCGUCGGGGCUCGCUUUCGCUGCUGCUGCUUGCGGCGGUGGCGGCGGUAGCGGCCACCGCGGUUCCCGCCGAGCCGGCGUCGACGCUGUCCGGGCCGUCGCGGCCGGUGACGGUGGCGAUCGGAGACAGGGGCCACGCGGUGGACCUGCCGGACACGGACCCGCGGGUGCAGCGCCGCGUCACGGGCUGGGCGCCCGAGCAGAUCGCCGUCGCGCUCUCCGCCUCGCCCACCUCCGCCUGGGUCUCCUGGAUCACAGGGGACUACCAGAUGGGCGGCGCCGUGGAGCCGCUGGACCCCGGCGCGGUGGGCAGCGUCGUGCGGUACGGCCUCGCCGCCGACGCCCUCGACCACGAGGCCACCGGGGAGUCGCUCGUGUACAGCCAGCUGUACCCGUUCGAGGGCCUCCAGAACUACACCUCCGGCAUCAUCCACCACGUCCGCCUCCAGGGCCUGGAGCCUGGGACCAGGUACUUGUACCGGUGCGGCGACCCGGCCAUCCCGGACGCCAUGAGCGACGUGCACGCGUUCCGCACGAUGCCGGCCGUCGGGCCGGGGAGCUACCCGGGGCGGAUCGCCGUGGUCGGGGACCUCGGGCUCACCUACAACACCACCUCGACGGUGGACCACUUGGUGCGCAACCGCCCCGACCUGGUGCUCCUCCUCGGCGACGUCUGCUACGCCAACCUGUACCUGACCAACGGCACCGGGGCGGACUGCUACUCCUGCGCCUUCGCCAAGUCCACGCCCAUCCACGAGACGUACCAGCCGCGCUGGGAUUACUGGGGAAGGUACAUGGAGCCCGUGACGUCGAGCAUCCCGAUGAUGGUGGUGGAGGGCAACCAUGAGAUCGAGCAGCAGAUCCACAACAGGACGUUCGCGGCCUACAGCUCGCGGUUCGCGUUCCCGUCGGAGGAGAGCGGGUCCUCCUCGCCGUUCUACUACUCGUUCGACGCCGGCGGCAUCCACUUCGUCAUGCUUGCGUCCUACGCCGACUACAGCAGAUCAGGUGCGCAGUACAAGUGGCUGGAGGCGGACCUGGAGAAGGUGGACAGGUCGGUGACGCCAUGGCUGAUCGCGGGCUGGCACGCGCCCUGGUACACCACCUACAAGGCUCACUACAGGGAAGCCGAGUGCAUGAGGGUGGAGAUGGAGGAGCUCCUCUACGCCUACGGUGUCGACGUCGUCUUCACCGGCCACGUGCACGCGUACGAGCGGUCGAACCGGGUGUUCAACUACACGCUGGACGCGUGCGGCCCCGUGCACAUCUCGGUGGGCGACGGCGGCAACCGCGAGAAGAUGGCGACGGCGCACGCGGACGAGGCCGGCCACUGCCCGGACCCGGCGUCGACGCCGGACCCCUUCAUGGGGGGCCGCCUCUGCGCCGCCAACUUCACGUCGGGCCCCGCCGCGGGCCGCUUCUGCUGGGACCGCCAGCCGGAGUACAGCGCGUACAGGGAGAGCAGCUUCGGGCACGGCGUCCUGGAGGUCAGGAACGACACGCACGCGCUCUGGCGGUGGCACCGCAACCAGGACCUCCAUGCCGCCGCCGCCGCCAACGUCGCCGCCGACGAGGUCUACAUCGUCAGGGAGCCCGACAAGUGCCUCGCCAAGACGGCCAGAUUGUUGGCCUAUUGAUUGAUCCAUCACUCCUAGCUACUCCUACUCUGGUCGCUGCCUAUUGAUUGAUCCAUCAAUCCUGUUAAUUUUCAGAAGAGUUUCAGAAGAGUCUUAAUACUCCUAGUCUUAAUAGUCCUAGCUAUGCAAAUAUGCAGUGUUAAUUUGCGGCAGUACCAGAUUAAGCUUCCAUCCAGAUUGGCAGCGGUCAAUUCUUGUCCUUGGCACACUACUCGAGAUGAAAUAAGCUUUACCUUAAAACCAA